ACUAUAAAAAUGAACCUUGGAUAGUUACCUUGGUUCAAUAGGACACUGACAAGAUCAAUAAGAAAGGUAGUCAGCUUCUCAUUUGUAAGUUCGCUUAUAAACCAGUACACCGUUUCAAAUAAAGUCUACCCAUUUCCAUUUCUUAUCGCGUUGAACAAGAAAGGAAAAUGUUUUUGAUAUCAUCUACAUCGAUAUUCCUCGGAAUUAUCGCCUUCCUUAUGUGCCUGUGGUUCGUUCGGCGUCCUAAAAACCUUCCUCCGGGGCCAUGGACACUGCCUUUGAUUGGAUACCGAUUUAAAGACGGUCUGGUUCAUGAAAGUUACGCGACGUUAGCCAAGAAGUAUGGGCCGAUUUUCAGCGUUCGACGAGGUACCUUUCUCUUCGUGGUCUUGAAUGACAAGGAGAGUGUAAAACAGGCGCUUGUCAAGUUGGGAGAGUAUAUGUCACAUCGAUUUGUACCUGGGCCUGUCAACUGGUCGAUACCAGACGAUAAGAAAGAAGGUUCCAUUAUCUGGAGUAAUGGAAAGCCAUGGGAUGACCAACGGAAAUUUUCUCUUCCAGCUCUUCGCUCCUUUGGCUUUGGUAAGAGGAGUCUUGUUCCUCAAAUCAACCUUGAGGCCCGUUGUCUGGCGGAGGAAAUAAGGAGUCAUCGGGGUCAGCCCUUCGAUCCGGCGGAUUUGCUGAACAAAGCAAGUGGUAACAUUAUAGCUCAACUUGUCUUUGGUCGUCGAUAUGAAUAUGGAGACGUCGAGUUUGUUAGAAUUCUUCGAAUCAUGAGAGAUGCCUUGUGCUGCAUUCGCGAAGAUGAACUAGUUAAUGUGUUCGAACCGCUCAUUCAUACCCCGUGGUAUAAACCAUUGCGGGAAAUGAUUUUAAAUUUAAGGAGUUUCGUGAGGUCUCACAUCAAGGCCCACCGAGAAACUUUCCAAGAUGAUCAAAUCAGGGACUUUGUAGACGCAUUCUUUUCUGACGACAUCUCCAAAAACUUUACCUUGGAACAAUUCGUUGGGGUUGUGCUGGACCUAUUCACCGCUGGUACAGAUACCACGGCUCUGACAACUUCAUGGGGGAUGCUUUAUUUAGCACUGCAUCCUGAUAUACAGACGAGGGUACAAAAUGAGUUAGAUGCAGUUGUCGGGCAUGGCCGACAACCGAAUAUGGAUGAUCGCGCAAAUCUUCCGUACUGCGACGCCACUCUGAUGGAGAUCAUGCGAAUCCGCCCCGUCGUCCCAUUAUCCCUCCCUCACAUGACGUCAGCAGAUGUCACUCUUGGACCUUAUACCAUUCCUAAGGGGACUAUCGUUAUCCCUAACCUGUGGGCUGUCCAUCAUGAUCCUAAAGACUGGUGUGAUCCACACGUAUUCAACCCUGAUAGAUUUAUGAGUGCCGAUGGUCAGACUGUCGUCAAGAAUGAGGCUUGGAUGCCAUUUAGCGCAGGUCGCCGUGAUUGCCUAGGUCAACAGCUUGCUAAGAUGGAGACAUUUCUACUCGUCACCAACCUCUUCCAGCAGUUCGAAUUCAAACUUCCUCCUGAUCAACCAACCCACACCAUGCGAGGACAGCAUGGAAUUACAAUGCCACCAGAAAGCUAUAUGAUAUGUGCCUUUGAACGCUGAUUUAUUUGACAUGGAUAGGGAGGCUUGAAAAUCUCAAAUGAACACUACAAAUUAAAAAUAUAGACGGACAAAUUCCAUCAUGACAUUUGAUUUACUGAAUAAAAGUGUGUUAUCAUGUCUCAUAUAUUUCACAGGGGUCCGUUGGUACCUCAAAACAAUGAUAGAUUUCUUAUAAAGAAAUUUGAUACACACUAAGAAAUCCCGGUGCAAAUGGGGUGUACGAUACGUGCGUACACCUCACAAUACCAUCGAGGUGCAAGUUAGCUCUUUUGCGAGAGUACGUGUCUGUUGUACACCCAUGUACUCUUUUUGUGCACCCCACCAGCCUCGCUGACAGAUAGACGUAUGGUACAGAUUAAGUUGAUUUGUGAUCGAAGAUUACCCGAAAUAACAAUGCACUAACGCCAUAUUUUACCUAAGUAAAAUAAUCUUUAAACUAUUCAAUAUUUAUGUGAUAAUUGUUUCAAAAACACAUUUGAUUACGUAUACAUUUGGAGAAACAGUAAAUAGAGCUACUUGAAUCUCAACUAUCAGCGCAAGUCAAAAAAAGAAGCGGAUGAUAUCCGUAAAGACCUCAACCGGAUUCAGCGCUUCUCGUUGACAUAGCGGGAAGAAUCUUUACUACAGAUACGAGGUAAGUUCGAGUCCCAACCAAUGUACCUAAAAAAUCGAUACAGAAAGUUAAUGGUCCGAAAGUAUCGACAAUCUUUUUAUUAUUUUAGGUGGGGUACAUUAUGCACCCUCAGGGGUAGACGUGUACACCCUCUAAGGUGCAGAUGGACACCCCAAAUAUGAGUGCACAAUGUACACCCCUAUUUGGGGUGUACGUGUGCACCCCUAUAGGGACAAGCCUGUGCACCCCUAGGGCAUGUAGGGGUGUAAAAUUGAACCCGAAUUUCUUAGUGUGUACGUUAAGUUCAUUUGCUAGUCUAUAUGUUUAAAAAGAAAUAUAAGCAUGUAUAGUUUGUCACAUCCAUGGGAAUAACGUAAUAAUUAAGCGCUAGAUUAUUAUUCAGCAAGUUAUUCACUAAUUCUAUAAUUUUAGGUGGAUUUAAAUUUAAUUUCUCACUGUCUUAUUGAUCGAAAGUUUGCAUUUUACGGAAAGUUUUAAUCAUGUUUGUUAAUCAUUAGUUACAAUUAUCGUUAAAGAUAUUUGUAGCAGAUUUGGUUUUCUGAAAAUAUAUAUUAUUGAUUGCUCGUAUUGUAAAAUUACCAACGUUAUACAUAUCAUUUUAGGAAGUCUACUUUUUUUAAAGUUAAUAUAUAGGUGAAAUUCUUGUCAUAUUGCCUGUUUUCAAUUUUCCGAUAUUCACCUUUGGCAUCGCAUUUCAUUAUACAUACAGCAAAUCUGCCCUGCAAUCUGCUGAUGAUUGAUCACGAUAUGUAUUCGACAUUUUUAGGGGGUUUCUAUUGGUACAACUGUUUAAUCAUGGGGACAUAAAUCAUUUAUACUUUUAUUGUUAAAUUCAGUGAACAAUUUUCUUUGAGGUGUUAUUAUCUUAUUAAGUAUAGUCAGAUGUAACAUGUAUAAUGACGCAUAUGAAUAUGCUGGUAAUGUCUAAUUAAAAAAAAGAUUAUUAUCAUCUAUAAUGUGUGUAUUUAGUCAGUAACAUGUACUUAAUGUGUAUGUAUUAGUAGAAUUUAUUCUUUGUAAUAUGUUCCUUGAUUCUUUUAAAAGUAGAUUUAACUUGUCUUUGAAUUUACUUGAGAUUUAAUAUACAUUAAAGAAAGAUCAAUUAUAAUGCUGACUUGCUUCGAUAAAGUAAUUCUAACUCCAAUUAGGCAAAUAUAAGAUACCUUUUACUAAAAAAAGCAUAUCGAAUGUACUUAUAAUUUCCAUGA